AUGAAGCCGGCUCUACUCCUCGGCGCAAGCGCCACCCUGGCCAGCGCCGCCCUCGAUGUCGACCUCACCUCCACCGAUUCCAUCAAAGCCGCUGCAAGGACGGUCACACACAAUCUGAUGACUUACUACAAGGGCAAUCUGUCAGGACAGACACCAGGGAUCCUCCCAGGUCCGCCGCCGGCUGGAGACUAUUAUUGGUGGGAGGGAGGUGCGCUUUGGGGAACAUUGGUCGACUACUGGUACUACACCGGCGACUCUACAUACAAUGAUCAGGUCCAGGACUGCCUCGUCUUCCAGGCCGGCGCCCCCCAGAACAGCUACAUGCCUCCCAAUUGGACCGCCUCUCUCGGUAACGAUGAUCAAGGCUUCUGGGGCCUGUCUGCCUUGCUCGCCGCCGAGACCAACUUCCAGAACCCCCCAGCAGACGACCCUCAGUGGCUCGCGCUGGCGCAAGCCGUCUUCAACACACAAGCGGAACGCUGGGAUACACAGUACUGCAAUGGUGGUCUAAGGUGGCAGAUCCCCUUCUCAAACAACGGAUACAAUUACAAGAACAGUAUCUCGAACGGCAUUCUAUUCAAUCUCGGUGCUCGUCUUGCUCGAUACACGGGUAACAAUACGUAUUCUGACUGGGCUACUAAGGUGUGGGAUUGGACUGUAAACGUCGGCUACAUCAAUUCGGACUAUAGCAUUUAUGAUGGCGCACACGUCGAAGAGAAUUGCACCGACAUCAACAAGGCCCAGUUCUCUUAUACAGCGGCCGCUUAUAUCCAAGGUGCCGGCUUCAUGUACAACUACACAAACGCUUCUGAGACAUGGAGUGAGCGCCUGCAAGGUUUAACAAAGCAGACUAUCAACGUAUUUUUCCCAGACGGCGUUGCAGUCGAAAGGGCCUGCGAGCUUGAUGACAGGGUACAGUGUACCACCGAUAUGCUUUCGUUCAAGGGGUAUCUGCACCGAUGGCUGGCACAGACCACCCAGAUGGCACCAGUGAUCCGUGAUACCGUCUACGACGCCCUUACGACAUCUGCUCAAGGUGCAGUCAAUGGUUGCAACGCGGAUGGCACUUGUGGCUUUAGGUGGAACACUGGUUCAUACGAUGGCGAUACUGGAGCUGGCCAACAGAUGAACGUUCUUGGCGCUCUGAUCAGCAUGUUAGCCAAACUGGAAUCUGUCGCAGGUCCUGUUACCAACAGUACCGGCGGCACGAGUACCGGUAACUCGAAUGCUGGCAGCGACCCAGAGGUGGUAUCGAACCUGCAUACGAUCAAGACCAGCGACCGGGCAGGCGCAGGUAUUCUGACCGCCAUCGUCCUUAUUGGCAUGGUGUCCAUGUCCUUGUGGAUGACCUCAGGAUUAAAUGAAGGAGGCGGCAUGUGGACAGAUGGAAUCGGAGAAAAGGCUCCUAAUCGGUUUUCGACGUGA